UGGUAAAUGUUAGCUAGUAAGAGAGAAGGAAAGAGAGAGGGAGGGGGAGGAUGGAAGAGAAGCAAAGGAGGAGGGAUUGUUGUUGCGUCUGCCUCUGCUGCUACCCGGUUGCUGUGCAUUUCAGCUGUAGUAGGGUCUGGUGAAGGGAGGAGAGAAAUGAAUGAGAAAGAAAGAGCGCAGAGAGACAGAAAGAAAGGGAGAGCUAGGGCAGUAGUGAAGCAGCAGGCAGGCAGGAAGGCUUAAGGAGGAAAAAGCAAAGCGAGAACAGAAUUAGCAUUUUCUUCCUGCCUGCUCAGAGAGGAAGGUGGAAAGAAAGAAAUAGCUGAGCCUGUGGAUUCUCCUUCUUUUCUUUUAUCCUCUUCUCCUUGCUGAAGCUGCUCUAAAUGCUCUCCCAUAGAGGGAGAGGUUUGGGGUAGCAAAGAAAAGGAGGUUGGCUUGCAUACUAGAUCUAGCUCAAGGAACGCGAUCAUACAUCCAGGAAGGAAAGCAAAGUUGCGGGCAUGGCUGCUAAAAGGAGCAAGUCUGGAGUACCACAGAAUGUGGCACGGAGCGAGCUAAAGGUCUACCGUACAGGUAGCACAGAGGGACGCAUCCCUGUGCCCACCAACCUGCGCAAGCAGAGGUCUCUGACUAACCUAGCUGUUCUAACGGAUGCAGAGAAGAAGAUGCAGCUCUACGAACCCAAGUGGUGCGACGACAUGGGCAAGGCCAGUACUAGCCACCUGAAGACGGGCAAACCAAAGCUAACAGGCGUUGGAGGAGGAGGAGGGCCUGGUAGUGCCCAGCUUUCACGGAACCUGUCCAAGUCAGAACAUUCGCUGUUCCAGGCCAAACCCAAGCCCUUUACCCCACUUGCUGCUCCUGGUGCCCUGGGCAAGACCCAGAGCCGCAUCCCCCGGGGUCCAUAUGCGGAAGUAAAGCCUCUUAGCAAAGCUGCAGAUGAUGGAAAGUCAGACGAUGACAUCUUUUCCAGCAAGGCAAAGGCUGCAGGCAAGAAGACUGCAGCUGGGGGUCAGGGGGACUCUGAGGCCAAAGGCCAAGGUGAGGAAGGUGGUGAUAAGGCCUUUUUGAAGGUGGAUCCAGAGCUAGUGGUCACAGUUCUUGGAGAUCUGGAGCAGUUACUCUUCAGUCAGGUGCUUGAUCGAGAGUCUCAGAGAAAGAGGACUGUUCAAAAUGUUCUGGAUCUCCGGCAGAAUCUGGAAGAUACCAUGUCCAGUUUGCGAGGCACCCAACUCGGCCAUGGCUGCCUGGACAGUAGCAUGUGCUAUGACAGUGAUGACACCAAUGCCCGUAGUGUCUCCAGCCUCUCCAACCGCUCCUCUCCACUGUCCUGGCGUCACGGCCAGGCAAGCCCCCGCUUGCAGGCUGGAGAUGCCCCCUCUUCCACUGGUUACCCACUGGGUUCAAAAGCUGCAUCGCAAUACACCUCUCAUACCAUGCCUGCCCGCUGCUCCAGCCGUCUCAGCAACACCUCCCACAUUGAACUCAUCGAGAACCUGGACACAGGAGAAGGCGACCUCAAAUCUGGCUACCUGAGCGAUUCUGACCUAAUGAGCAAGAGUCUGAAUGAGGAUGAUGAUGAUGAUGAUAAUCUUGCAAACGGGUGGGAUGAGAGCAGUUCCAUCAGUAGUGGUUUGAGUGACGGCUCCGAUAAUCUGAGCUCAGAGGAUCUGAAUGCAAGCUCCUCACUGAACUCAUUACCCACUACGCCAGUCGGCUCCCGACGGAACUCUUCUGUCAUGCUGCGUACAGAUGCAGAGAAGCGCUCCCUGGUGGAAAGUGGUCUUGCUUGGUACAGUGAGGACAAGGCCCUGCAGAAAGCAGACAGCGGAGCCUAUGAUACAGGCAGCCUGAAGACUGAGUCGUCCAGCAAAUACAGAAAGAGUAGACCAGCAGAUGGCGCUGUGCAGGAGAAGACCGCAAGACGAGAACUGAAAAAGCCACAGAGCCUAGGACAGCCAGGCAGUUUCAAAAAGGGCCAGAAUCCUCCAGUUGGCAUCACAUCUCCCAUCACACACACAUCGCAAAGUGUGCUGAAAGUGGCAGCACCUAAGGGAGACACAAAGGUUGUGGAUAAACAGAAGUUGUCCCUGAAGACUUCAGGUCUGCAGCGUUCCCGCUCUGAUGCAGGUCGGGACAGUGUGGAGCACCGCAAACCACCCUCAGGCCUCGUCAAGCCCACUGCAGGCAGCUUCGGCUACAGGAAAACCCCUACCACCGGCACAGCCACUGUAAUGACAGCGGGAGGUGCCACCAUCUCUAGUGGGUCAGCCACAGUUGGCAAAACUCCUAAGUCUUCGGGGAUCCCAACCAAGCCUGUGCCUGGAGGAGGAAGUCGAAAGAACAGCCUUGAUGCCAGCAAUGGUGAGAAUGGCUUCCUUGCACCAAACGCCCGUGGCAGCAUUCAGUACCGAAGUCUCCCUCGGCCUGCCAAGUCCAGCACUAUGAGUUUAACAGGCCGAGCCAACUCUCGUCCCGUUAGCAGCAACAUUGAUGCCAGUCUCCUUAGCCUCAAGCCUAUGCCUACUUUACCUGCCACCAUGCCUACUAGAGGAAAGGAUGGAGGUAGUAUAAAGGCAGGCAGCCGCCUGAGCAACAUUGGGCCUGUUAACCAGACAGACAAGGAGAAGGAGAGGGCCAAGGCCAAAGCUGACCUGGAGAACAGUUCUCUGAAGAGUGAGAAACAGAGAGAGAGCUGUGGAGAGAAUGCAGAGCAGAUCCACAGGACUCGCAGGACCAGCACAAGCAAAUACCCAGAACUGAGUUCUCCAACUACGACACCAAGAAUGCUGGCUAAGUCCCUUGCACAUCCACCGAGCCUGGCACACCUUGACAAAAUGAACUCCAACAGUUUAGACUCUUGUGUGACUAUUGAAGACCUUCCCCCAAAGAUUCCUCCAUACUCGAAGCUUCAAGACCUGGUGGGCUCACGCGUGCCCAGUCGUCUGACUCCCAGCCCAGCUCCAGUGCUCAACAUCGACUCGCCAAGCUGCUUCUCCGGUCAGCCUCUUUCACUGAGCAGCUCCCCCCUCCUAUACCCGAAGAUGUCUGGUGUACACCACAGCAUGGAGUCCCUGUCUCUGCAUAUGAGCCUGCCGCCUAGUGUAGAAUUCAGAGACCAGGAGGAGUCUACAGGAAGGACAAUGGGCACAUGGGGGGCAGGCACUCGUACAUCCAUCACCUUAAAUGACAGUUUACAAACUGACAGGAAUACCUUACCCAAGCAAGGUCUAUGUCGCUAUGGCAGUAGCCAAUCGGAAAGUGAGGCAAAGGAGCGCCGCCACUCCCACACGAUAAUGAGCAUGACUGAGUCCGUGAGCCCACCCCAACUUCCAUCACCCACUCACUUGAGCCAGUCCUUUACUGGCAAAACACCACCCACCAAUGUCGUGGCUCCCAUUACAAGCUCAAGCACCACGCCUCGCAUCACUCGCUCCAACAGCAUCCCAGCCAAUGAGGGCAGCUAUGACCUGUAUGCAAGUUCCCCACUUGGAAGCUCCAUGUCACUGGCUGAUCGACCUAAGAGCAUGAUGCGUUCUGGAUCCUUCCGGGAGCCUGGAGAGGAUGUCCACGGUUCUGUCCUCUCCCUGGCCUCCAAUGCAUCAUCCAACUACUCAUCAACAGAGGAGAGAAUGCAGGGAGAGCAAAUCCGAAAACUAAGGCGUGAACUUGAAGUAUCUCAAGACAAAGUGGCCAACCUGACAAAUCAGCUGUCUGCUAACGCAGGCCAGGCUAACCUGGUGGCAGCUUUCGAACAGAGUCUGACGCUUAUGACUGCUCGUCUGCAAAGCCUGUCAGUCACCUCUGAGCAGAAGGACGCUGAGCUACAGGACCUAAGGGAGACCAUUGAUGGUUUGAAGUGUAAAAACACAGAGGCCCAGGAUAUCAUCCAUGGAGCACUCAGUACCUCUGACUCCACACCCAAAGAAUUGCAGAUAAACAGGCAGAACUCAUCUGAGAGCAUUGCCAGCAUGAACAGCAUCACCAGUCAUUCCAGCUUGGGGAGUCUGAAGGAACAAGAUGCCAAGAAAAAGAAAAAGAAAAGCUGGGUGUAUGAGUUGAGAAGUUCCUUUAACCGGGCUUUCUAUAAGAAGGGCUCCAAGUCGUACUCGGAUAUUGAGGAAAUUGCCACCCCAGAGUCCUCAACUCCUUCCUCCCCUAAAAUCCACCACAAUGUAGAAACAACACCAUUCUCACUAAAUGAAUCAACUUCUGCCUCCUCCUCUGGACUGGGUGACAGCAGUGAGGGCACAGAACCCGAGGAGAAGGUGGUUUCUGAGCUGCGCUCUGAACUCUGGGAAAAGGAACGCAAACUUACAGAUAUCCGGUUGGAGGCCCUUACUUCUGCUCACCAACUGGAGCAGCUACAGGAAGCCAUGAGCAAGAUGCAGAUGAUGGUAGAAAAUUUGAAGGCAGAAAAUGACCAGCUGAAGACUGGUGCCUCCAGACCUCCAAGCUCUACUUCCCAGUCCUCCGGGUUGGGCUCUCUGGGCACCUUAUCACCACGGCAGUCUGUGGCAUCUCUUAGCAAAGCCUUUAGCAUGGGGGCAACUGAAAGCUUAAACACAGAUGUAUUUCAAAGUCCUACCUCAACCCUGCAGAAAGAUGAGAGCAUUGUCAGAGUGCUAGUGCGAAUCCCCAACCAUCAAGUCUUAAAUGAGGAGGCUAAACAGCUGGAAUUCUUCAUUGGCCUGGUUAAACUCAGUGGGCAGACUGAUUGGUGCACGCUUGACUCUGCAGUCUGCAAAGCUUUUAAGGACUACUUGUCAGUGGUGGACCCGAGCUCCAGCCUGGGCCUGUCUCAGGACUCCAUCUACAGCUACAGCCUCAGUCAUCUGAAGAGGGUGCUAGGAGCUCAGCCACCCGAGACUCCACCAGUACGCUGCCUUAACAAGACUUCCACCUGCAUCAACGUGGCUCUUAAAGGUCUGAAGGAGAAGUGUGUGGACAAUGUGGUGUUUGAGACGCUUAUCCCGAAGCCUAUGAUCCAACACUACAUUAGUCUGCUGCUGAAGCAUAGGCGCUUGAUCCUGUCAGGGCCCAGCGGCACAGGGAAGAGUUACCUCUCCUCCCGCCUGGCUGAGUACCUGGUGGAGCGUAGUGCCCGAGAGAUCACCCCUGCCAUCGCUGUCUCCUUCAACAUGCAUCGUCAAACCUGCAAGGAUCUCCAACUUUACCUGUCUAAUCUGGCAAAUCAGAUUGACCGGGAGACUAGUACAUCUGAAGUCCCACUGGUUGUCAUGCUUGAUGAUGUUCAUGAUGCUGCAUCCAUCAGUGAAUUAGUUAAUGGUGCUUUAACAUGUAAAUAUCAUAAAUGUCCAUACAUUAUAGGGACCACAAAUCAACCGGUGAAGAUGACCCCCAACCAUAGCCUGCACCUUAGUUUCAGGAUGGUCAUGUUCUCCAAUAACGUGGAGCCAGCCAAUGGGUUUCUAGUACGGUACCUGCACAGGAAGCUAAUGGAAGGAGAGAACCCCAGAAGCUUGAUGAAUGAGGAUCUACUACGGGUUCUAGAUUGGGUGCCCAAGCUCUGGUACCACCUCCACACAUUCUUGGAGAAACACAGCACUUCUGACUUCCUCAUUGGGCCGUGCUUUUUCCUGUCCUGUCCAGUGACAGUUGAGGAGUUUCGCUGUUGGUUCAUUGACCUGUGGAACCACUCAAUCAUUCCUUAUCUGCAAGAAGGAGCCAAAGAUGGUAUUAAGGCACAUGGUCAGAAGGCAGUGUGGGAGGACCCAGUGGAGUGGGUGCGGGAUUCUCUCCCAUGGCCCUCUGCCCAGCAGGAUCAGGCCAAGCUCUUCCAUCUGCCUCCGCCCAGCACGGGGCCAGCCAGCCCAAGCCAACCUGGAGACGAACGGCCACACAAAGAAACUCCUCCCAGCUCCAUGGAGUCAGACCCACUGAUGGCAAUGCUGCUAAAACUGCAGGAGGCAGCCAAUUAUAUUGAAUCGCCAGAAAAAGAGGCAGAUCCCAAACUGCCCACGCUAUGAACACAAAUAUAUACUGAGCCUUCGCGGAUCUUUCAUCUCUUCACUGGUUCUGAUGAAACUCAGAUGUUCUAAUGCAAACUCCUGAAAUAUAUCAUGUCAUAAAUUACUAAAAAAUGUCUGUAUUCUUCUAACAGAGAACAUAAGUCAGUUUUCUUGGUUGGCUCACCUUGUUUGCUUUCCUGUUUAUAUAAUAAUGUAUGUACAUUGCAAGAAUAUCUGUUAUAAAAACGUGUCAUUAAAGCCAAUAGAUACUUUUA